AAAUGUGAAAACGUGAUUAUUUUGGCUGGUGGAAUUUCAGAUGAUAGAGUUGGUUACUACAUUGAACCAACUAUUAUGGAGGUAAAAGAUCCAAAAGACAAACUAAUGACUGAGGAAAUAUUUGGACCAGUUCUUCCGAUUUAUGUUUACAAAGCUGAUAUGUAUAGAGAUAUAUUAAAAAUGAUUGAUGAAACAAGUAAAUUUGCUUUAACUGGAGCCGUUUUUAGUGAAUCAAGAGAAGUUAUCAGGGAAGUCCAAGAAGUUUUAAGACAAGCUGCUGGUAAUUUUUAUGUCAACGACAAAUGUACAGGGUCAGUGGUUGCUCAACAACCAUUUGGUGGUCGUCGAAUGUCAGGUACCAAUGAUAAACCUGGCUCUUAUCUCAAUAUUUUACCCUGGGUUUCACCAUUGUCUGUAAAAAGAAAUAUCCUGAAACUUAAAGACUGGAAAUAUGACUACAUGAAAUGACCAAGAUACUGGAUAUUCUUGAUGCAAGAAAAUAGUAGAUGUGUAUUUUACCGUUUUAGAUAUAAAUUACCAUAUUUGAUUAUCGUUAUGAACAGUCAAUCUUCAGUUGUCAUGCUUAAUUAUGCGUGAAUUGAUCACCUUUAUAAUUGAAUAUCGUGUUUUUUGGCUGAGGAAUUAAAACCUUUUGUUUAACAUUA